CAUCCAAUCAGGAUCCCUUCCUCCGGGAGGCUGGGCCCACAGGCGGCUCUCCAAGCCACUAGCUCCCGCACUAGGUUUACAGCCAGGGAUGAUGUGCUACUGCUGCCACUGGUGCCGCCGCUGUAAGCGGCUACCGUGUACCCUGACGCUGUUGCUGCUACUGCCACUCGUGGCUUCUGAGGGCCCAAACCGCUGUGAUACCAUAUACCAAGGCUUUGCUGAGUGUCUCAUCCGCCUGGGGGACGGCAUGAGCCGAGGAGGCGAGCUACAAACCGUCUGCAGAUCCUGGAAUGAUUUCCAUGCCUGUGCCUCUCGGGUCCUGUCAGGCUGCCCGGAGGAGGCUGCUGCAGUGUGGGAGUCACUGCAGCAAGAAGCUCGCCGUGCCCCCCACCCAGAUAAUCUGCACGUCCUCUGCGGUGCCCCUGUGAGUGUUCGAGAGCGAGUUGCUGGUCCAGAGACCAACCAGGAGACGCUACGGGCCACAGCUCCUGCACUGGCUCCAGCCCCAGCCCCUGCUUUGCUCGCUGCUGCUCUGGCACUUGCCUGCCUCCUGGGACCUCUGGCCUAAACAAUCUGGUUGGCCAGCCAACAGUGCCCCUGCCUCCCAUCACUGCAAACAGUGGCCGCUGGGUGAGCUCUGCAGAGUGUAUACAGUUUUCAUUAAAGGUAUUUAUAUUUGCACCGAGCUGGUUCCUUUCUCCUGGCUGUGGCCCUCUUGGCUAAGGCAAGGGCCCCCGAAGCCGAUCCCCAUA